GAGCCUACGUCUAGCAAUAUAGCUUGUGUACAUACAUAUAUCAUUUGAACGAGUGCGACCAUCCUCAGCAAAUCAUACCACUCCCCUUAUUCCCACAUCCGGAAUCCUUUGCAUACACCAUCAUGGUGCGCAAUAUGCCAUCGCUCAGCUCUAUGCGAGACGCCAUUGAGGACCACAGCAUGAAUAUCCGAGACGAGACCAACGACUUCGGUCUGCGGCCGCUACCGACCAACAUGGCUCAAUCAACUCCUCAGAAACACCUCAGUCCCUAUUCGGCUCAUCGAAGCACGCCUUUGCAGGCUAACAAGAGCGCGGACACAUGUGGUGCGAGCUACGAGCCGAAACGAUCGUCGACGAAAGCUCGGAACGCGUUGUCGUCCCUGCAAUUCAAAGCAAAUAAGGAGAAUGCUUCGCGAUACACCAAACCAUUCUGCGACUUCCUGACCGAGAAUCCCACUGUUUUCCAUGCUGUUGUCACUCUCAAGAAAGAUCUGCAAGAUGCUGGGUUCAAGGAGAUCUCGGAACGUGACAAUUGGUCUUUGAAGACGGGCGGCCGCUAUGUGGUGGAGCGAAACGGCUCAUCAUUGAUUGCGUUCGUCGUGGGCUCCAAAUACCAGCCGGGUAAUGGAGCUGCCAUAUUGGCUGGCCACAUCGAUGCUCUCACGGUGAGGCUAAAGCCCGUUUCCAAGGUCCCAAACAAGGCUGGGUACAUACAAUUGGGAGUGGCUCCUUACGCUGGUGGAUUGAACCCGACCUGGAUGGACAGAGACCUGGGUAUCGGUGGAAGAGUUCUGGUCAAGAGCGGUAACAAAGUGGUCACCAAGCUUGUGAAGCUCGACUGGCCUAUCGCACGAGUACCUACUCUAGCGCCUCAUUUUGGCGCGCCCUCGAACGGACCUUUCAACGCAGAGACUCAGUUGGUACCAAUUCUUGGCUUGGAUGAUUCGGAUGCCUCAUCUGAAUCGCACGCAUCAGAGAAGGCGUUUGAUCGACCCUCCUUGCUAGCCGGCGCGCGUGGAUCGUCAAUUGGUUUCGAAGCAACUCAGCCUCCGGCUCUUGUUGAAACAAUCAAGAGUGCACUCGGACUGAAGGUCGACGAGAGCAUCGUCAAUUGGGAAUUGGAGCUAUUUGACGUGCAGCCGGCCACUGUUGGUGGUCUAAAGAAAGACUUCAUUUUCGCUGGGCGCAUUGACGAUAAGCUAUGCUCCUGGGCUGCGCUGCAGGCGCUGAUAGAGUCACAAGAGUCCGACACAGAUAGCAGUUCGUUGAUCAAGGUAGUCGCGCUUUUUGACGAUGAGGAGAUCGGAUCUGGACUUCGACAAGGCGCGAAGGGCAACUUCCUGCCGCAGGUCCUCGAGCGUGCCGUCGGAUCGCUUGCCGAUCACACUCCUAGCUCCGAUCUCAUGGGGCGCACAUACGCCAACUCCUUCCUUGUGUCCUCUGAUGUGACGCACGCCGUCAAUCCCAAUUUCUUGAACGUCUACCUCGAAAACCACGCUCCGCACCUCAACACCGGCGUGGCCGUUGCUGCCGAUCCCAACGGCCAUAUGACGACAGAUUCAGUGUCGACUGCGAUCUACCAAGCAUGCGCUGACAAAGUCGGUGCUAAGCUUCAGGUGUUCCAAAUUCGAAACGACAGCAGGAGCGGAGGUACGGUCGGUCCCAUGCUUUCGUCGGCCACUGGCAUCCGGGCCAUCGAUGCGGGCUUGCCACAGCUAAGUAUGCAUUCGAUUCGUGCGACGACCGGUGCACUUGACCCAGGUUUGGGUGUGCUCAACUUUGUGAGCUUCUUGAAUAAUUUCGAAAGCGUGGACAAGGAGUUCAGAUAGAACGAAGAAAUAUGGAAGGCUUUCAGAAAGAUAAGAACAUACUGCAGGAUCGGGAAUAUCACGCAGGCGCAUCGGAAAUGGAUAGCAUCAUCAAAUUUAACAAGUCAACAUACUAUACAGCCAAAGUAGCUAGGUAUUCUACGAGGCAAACACGAAUAUUUCACAUGUCAUGAAACUAUGAAAUCAUGCAGGAAGCACACCUUGCUCAUGUGAGCGUCACGAGUGUCAUGUAGCUAUGUUGGUGUGUCGGCGCGCAGUGAGUUGGUG